CACACUUUGUUUUUGCUGUUACCGACACCGCGGACGGUCGGACGGACGGACAGAGGGCUGUGUGUUUGUAACAGGUUGCUGCCAUUCCCGUCAGUCUGUGAGGGGGCUUUGCUGCACAGUUGAGGAUGCUGUCCUCUAGAUGGUGACUUCUACAGGAGUUCCAGAUCCAGUUUCAGAUCCAGAUCCAGUUCCAGAUCUUUACCCAGGCUGGUCAUGGUGUCCUACCUCAGCUCACUGUUCUGCAUCCACACUCCCCGCUGUCUUCCAAUGCGUUCUUGAAACCUUUGUUGGACGGUUUGAUGGAGAGCUGGUCGAAUGUCAGCGGGAACUAUUGUUAUAACUGGAGGAAUUCUCGCCGGAGUGAUACUGCUGUGCAUCGUAGCAGUGCUCUGUUACUGUAGACUCCAGUAUUACUGCUGUAAGAAGAAUGACUCGGAGGUGGACAUGGGCUCUGUGGUGGGUCCGGACCCCCUCUCUCAUUUUCCCUGCAACACGUGCAACGCCCUGGCAAUGGACGGCACAGCCAUCACCCCAGUGUCUUUGGACCAGCUGGACCCGGGUCCUCACCAAGACCACUGUCCCGGCUGUUCCCCCUUCCAGUCGCGCCAUUCUGCUGGAGCCGUGGCCAACAUGAGGAACGGCGGCGAGCGUCUGGGCUUCCACACCUACUACGACAACCCGGCGGCAUCCCUCCCCCUGUGCUCCAACCCACAGGGAUGCCCCUCCCCUAUAAGCUUCUAUCCGCCCUCUGACAUGUUCCCCCCCCCGCCACGCCCCUAUAGCACCCAGGUCUGACCUCUGCUGCACUCCAACACUUGCACACGCCCUGUUUGGGACUCAUUUCAGGUGAUGAAUUACAGCACAAUUACACAAACAUGCCCCCGUUACU